AUGGUUCAGGAGAAAAACACUUUUCUACACCGUGGUGCUCAUCAUUCCAACUGUGCUGAUGGCUUUUCUCAGUAUGGCAGUGUUCUUCCUACCAACAGAUUCUGGAGAGAAGAUGACACUCACAAUUUCCGUGUUGCUCUCUAUAGUUGUGUUUCUGCUACUGGUCUCAAAAAUUCUUCCACCAACUUCCAGCACUAUUCCACUCAUGGCAAAGUCAGUAUCUCCUUGCUUACGUUCGUGCUCAAUGUCAUCACUAUUCUUGUUACUGUAAUCAUCAUAAACGUCUAUUUCCGUGGUCCAACCACACAUCGCAUGCCGAAAUGGGUGCGUAAGCUCUUCCUUGAGUGGAUGCCUCAUGCGAUGUGCAUGCAACGACCAAAAUCCCAAGUAAGGAAACCUACUCCUGAGCCUACAGAACCUGAAAUCACCCAGUUACCCGGUUUGGGUCACUUCACCAUCAAUCCAGCCGCGCAUCAUCCUUUCUGCCCGAGUGCUGACGAAAAGUAA